AGACAUGCAUGAUAACUGAAAAAACAAAUGUAAAGUAUAAACAUAUAAUAUUUAGUAAAGGAAGUUGUCCUGAUCAUAGUUUCAGUUGCAGGGAGGAAGCCAUGGCCACCCAUGCUGCUCUGGCUUCUUCAAGAAUCCCAUCUCACACCUCGCUACUUCCCUCUAAGUCCUCUCACUCCUCCUGCUUCCCCACUCAAUGCCUUUCCAAGAGACUGGAAGUAGCAGAGUUUUCUGGUCUUCGAUCCAGUGGAUGUGUGACAUACGCCAAGAAUGCUAGGGAAGCAUCCUUGUUUGAUGUAGUGGCUGCCCAAGCAACUCCCAUGACUGCAGGUUCAACCCCUGUCAAGGGACAAACAGUGGCCAAAUUAAAGGUAGCAAUUAAUGGUUUUGGACGCAUUGGCCGCAACUUUCUCCGGUGCUGGCAUGGCCGGAAGAACUCCCCCGUUGAUGUUAUUGUGGUUAACGACAGUGGUGGUGUCAAGAAUGCAUCUCACUUGCUGAAGUAUGAUUCAUUGUUGGGCACUUUCAAAGCAGAAGUGAAAAUAGUGGACAAUGAGACCAUCAGUGUUGAUGGUAAGCCCAUCAAAGUUGUCUCUAGUAGGGACCCUUUGAAGCUCCCUUGGGCUGAACUAGGCAUUGACAUUGUUAUUGAGGGGACAGGGGUGUUUGUGGAUGGACCUGGGGCUGGGAAGCACAUCCAAGCUGGUGCCAAGAAAGUUAUUAUCACUGCUCCAGCAAAAGGUGCCGACAUUCCCACCUAUGUUGUUGGAGUCAAUGAAGGAGACUACUCCCAUGAUGUUUCUAACAUUGUAAGCAAUGCUUCUUGCACCACAAACUGUUUAGCUCCUUUCGUGAAAGUCUUGGAUGAAGAACUCGGUAUUGUCAAGGGGACCAUGACCACCACUCAUUCCUACACUGGAGACCAGAGACUCUUAGAUGCUUCACACCGGGACUUGAGGCGAGCCAGAGCUGCAGCACUUAACAUAGUCCCAACAAGCACCGGUGCAGCCAAGGCCGUGUCUCUAGUGCUUCCACAGCUCAAGGGCAAGCUCAACGGCAUUGCUCUCCGUGUUCCCACACCAAAUGUAUCUGUCGUUGAUCUUGUUGUGAAUGUCGCGAAAAAAGGAAUAUCUGCUGAAGACGUUAAUGCUGCCUUUAGAAAAGCAGCCGAUGGACCAUUGAAGGGUAUAUUAGCCGUGUGUGAUGUCCCUCUUGUGUCAGUCGAUUUCAGGUGCUCUGAUGUUUCUUCCACCAUCGAUUCAUCUUUGACAAUGGUCAUGGGAGACGACAUGGUCAAGGUAGUGGCAUGGUACGACAAUGAAUGGGGAUACAGCCAACGUGUUGUCGAUUUGGCACAUUUGGUAGCAAGCAAGUGGCCAGGCAUGCCUGCACAAGGAAGUGGAGAUCCAUUGGAGGAUUUUUGCGAGACAAGCCCUGCUGAGAAGGAGUGCAAGGUUUAUGAAGCUUAAAUAGUUUGAUUUUUUUCUUUUUCCUUUUAAAACCCUUUUGGCUUGUCAAAAAAAUUUCAUUUAGAAGCCAAGGAUUUUCCUCAAUGUCAAUAAAUCUUUAUUUGUUAAGGACAAUUGAAAGAGGGGAAUAGAAUCUUGAAUAAUAAAUUAGCACGGUGCUUUGUAGUUGCAAA